GACCUCACACUGGACCCCAACACGGCCCACAGACGACUCUCUCUGUCUGAGGACAACAGGAAGGUGACGAUGGUUGUAGAGGACCAGUCGUAUCCGGAUCACCCAGAAAGAUUUGACUCCAUGAUGCAGGUGUUGGGUAGAGAGGCUCUGACUGGCCGCUGUUACUGGGAGGUAGAGUGGGAAGGACGGGUUUUUAUAGGAGUGACAUACAGAGGAAUCACAAGGAGAGGAGGGGGUGGUGACAGCAGGCUUGGAGAGAACAACAAUUCCUGGAGUCUUUAUUGUAAUGAUGGUGGUUACGUUGCCUGGUACAACGGUACAGAGACAGCCCUCCCUCUCCGCCCCGCUGGCUCCACCAGAGUAGGAGUGUAUCUGGACCGGCCUGCUGGCUCUCUGUCCUUCUACAGAGUGUCCCCAGGUGGAGGAGGGUCCUCAGACACACUGACACACCUCCACACCUUCUGGUCCUCCUUCACCCAGGAGGACCUCCUCCCAGGGGUGAGGCUAUGGGGGGGGACAGCGUUGCUGUGUCGGUUGUAG